ACGCUUAUUUCAUCGCCUUCACCGGCAAUUACAAGCGGAAAGCGCAGCUGGCGGUGCCCCGGAAGGCGCCGCUGAGGCAGUUCCGGGGCGGGCGGCGGCCAUUGCGCGGUGACCGAGGGGACACCGCGGUGACCAUGGGGAAGCACUUCGGGAACCUGGCGCGGGUGCGCCAUGUCAUCACCUACAGCCUGUCUCCCUUCGAGCAGCAAGCCUUCCCCAAUAUCGUGUCCCACGGCGUUCCCAACGUGGGCCGCCGCUUCGCCUCCCAGGUGUUGAAGGUGGUGCCCCCCUUGGCCAUCGGUUACCUCAUUUAUUCCUGGGGGACGCAGGAGUUUGAGCGGCUCAAGAGGAAGAACCCGGCUGACUACGAGCACGAGCAGUGACCACGGGCAGUGACCACGAGGCUCCGGAGCUCCCUGGGGACCUGCAGUGCUUGUUCCCAUGGCCAGAGGGGAUUAACAGGGAGAUAAGCCUUGCAUAAUAAACUGUAACUUUGCCCCAUGA